AUGGCCGAAUCAGAUACUGAUUUAAUAAGCAUCCCUGCCAUAGUAAAAAUCUCCGAGGAAAGAUACAAAUCAACCACAUACAAAGCAACUUCCAAUGUAAAUGGUAACGUGUGUAGACCUGUGAUCCUGGACAUCAGAGAGACAUACUUCGGCUCGGAUCUUCACAAGAGAUUCUCUGCUUCUCGCGAUGUUGACCUACUAAACGAAACCUUCAGUAAAUUAUCUGGGUUUCAUCCAGACCCGUAUGUUGUUAAUGAUAAUAAUUCUGAGAAAGAGCAUGACCCCUUAUUCUCUGCUGAGAACCUUAAAAAGGAACUGAGAAAUAUUGCCAGUAAUGAAGAAAUAACAAGAAAUUCGGAGAUCUUCCUGUGUGUGGUGUUGGCGUUUGGAGGGUCUGGGUAUUUCUAUUUACCCAAUAAACAAAAAAGUCUCAAACCUCAAAAAUUCUCAGUAAAUGAUCUGCUGUUGUUCUUCAAAGGAAACAACUGCCCGAAUUUGAUUCUUAAACCAAAAAUUUUCAUACUUCAGAGCUGUAACCCUAACUUAAAGAAGGUAAAUAGAGCCAACUUUGCCGGCGGACUACCAUCUCCCCAGAUAUGCAGAGUCCCAAUAGAAGCUGAUAUUCUUAUCUAUCUUUCAGAAGUAUCAGGUAGAUAUACAGAUGCAAUGAAAAGAGAAACAAAAGAAAAGAGGAACAUUGACCAAACAGCGUGUCAGUUUGUGUACACUCUGUAUGAGGAGGUCAGGAAACUUACUGAUCGAAAAGAAGAGUUUGAAAUAACAGAGUUGAUCAUUGGAGUUAAUUUGUCACUUUGGGGUUUUAUAAAGGAUGGUUAUUACGAGUCCGACGAAGGCUUUCCCUGGAACAUAGAUCCAAAAGUACCAGUGUGUAUAGAUCAGCUGACAAAAAAGCUAGUGCUCACUAAAAGGAAAUCAUCUGAAUAGAAUCCAGAUGCAUAAGGAAUUAUUUUUCAUUUCAGUCUUAAAGCUGAACUUGACUUGUUGCAAUUGGUAUCUCUGUCUACAACUUAGACUAUUUAUGCCUUGUCUCGACUAGAUACAUGUAUAUCCCUGUGAACUUGAAAUUA